AUGGUUGAAAGAUCAGUCUGUGGCAACUCCAGCCCGGGGGUAUAUAAAGCGCGUCGUCAACAAAGCCACGUCAGUUGCAUACCAGCUCCUCGUGAUCGUCUCAUGGAGAGCAGUGAAGACAACAGCAAUAGUAGUAAGACAACGGGUGGGGCGGAUGAGUCCCCCUUCCCCCUGGCCACUGCUUUGGCAACACUGAAGCAGAAGACAGCGAUGGAGGCGCCUCAAGUGGACAAUUUCGUUAGCGAGUGUCGGUCAGAGGUUGGUGACGUGCACCCGAGCCACGAGUGGUGGUCAUGCUCAUCGUCCGGCUACCACAGUGGUGUUGGCACCUCGGAGGUCAGCGUCAAGGAACGGGCUGCUCUGAAUGCUUCCUUAACCACCGAUUAUGCCAGCGACGAUGACAGUGACUGGGGUGAGGACGAGUGGCCAGUGGAACGCCCGCUACCCCUGCCUGAGUGGGGUUGUGGGCGCCCCGAGGUGAACUUCUCCACCCUCCACCACUAUCAGAGGUUCCUGGCACGUCUCACCCACCACCUCCACCAUGCCCUCGCCGACCUUCCAUACGACACUCUUUCUAACUUUAUCACAUUCUCAAAGGAGUUUGUGGAGUCACGGGACGAGUACCCAGAGCUGCUGGAGUUCUACCGUGACUAUGAUCCACCGCUGCUGCCCGGGCGUUACACCUGUGUGGGCCUGGCAGCUGACCUCGCCACCAGGUUGUCUGUUCUUGAAACUAACUACCCGGGCCUCAAGGAUGCCACUUACCAGGUGUCUUGUGAGGAAGAGGUGAAGGCAUUAGAUUGGUACUGCUCACUGAAGGAGCCUCCUGUGGCCAGCUGCAUCAAGGAACACGUAUUACUGUGUAUCAGAAUCCGUGUGGCAGGUCGUGCUGGCGUGCUGCUCUUUGACCCUGGCUACCAUGUUGGGGAGCCCAUCACAGUUAUGGAGGAUGGUCUUGCCCCUCAGUCAGGUAUCAUAAAGGCCAGCACUACACGUUCAGAAGUCCACCGCACCUUUCAGUACCAUUUCUGUGCAGACAAUCCAGCCUUUGUGGCCUGGGAGGUGGUUGAAGAACGAGAUGGAAAACCAAAGAAGAAGUUUACAAGUCUAAUCCACGUCUCGAGACCAUUUCUGUCUGGAGUGGAUAUCGCUGAACGUCGUAAUCUGGUAGAAACCUUCAAGACUCUGCUGGGGCGUGACGAUGAAGGACAUCUCACAUGUGGACUCUACUUCCCCAUCAGGAAUUGCUACAAUACAAACAUUUCUUUCUUCCAUCAAGUUGAAGGCAUCAUGAAACACCUCAGACAGCCACUGAGUUCCUUCUUAGAUGAUGCCUUACUGGAAGAAGUUGAGGAGGCUGUGGCUGCAGUAGCAGCAGGGAUAGGUCGCACCAAAAACGACUUACAGUCCAGUCUGGUGACUUUAGCUCAUCUGCUGCUGGAUGAAGACCUGGUGAAGCAGGUGAUGGAGCUGAACAGUGCCAUCAUCAAGAUCAACAGUUCAUUAGUGACUUAGAUCUGUUUCUCUAUCUCUACAUAAUUGACAUUAUGAUAGACAAUGAGGCUGAAGUAGAACUGUCGUAAGAAUUUAAAAUGAAAUUGUCUUGGGAAUUCCAUUAUGUAGAACAGUAUUACUUUAAGAGUUUCUGUUGGUUCAUAUUAGCAUUUCAGUUUCCAGAGACAUUUAAAAACAACAAUACUGUACAACAAUAAAUUUCACACUGCAAAUAUAUUCAGGGUACAGUAUAGAUUUAUCAAAGCUAAAAAUAAGUCUUAGAAUAAAUGUGAUAUCACAACCAGGGAUCAACUACAUAACAUAUUCUUCCAGAGCCUGAGAAUAGGUGCCGUUUUUUUAAUAAAUACGUGAGUCAGGAUUGUAUCUUACAAACCCAUUAUUAUUAUAUGAGGCACUCGGGGUGAAAAAUAGAUAAGCAGAGGUAAAGUAAGCCAGAAAUUGCACGUAAAAUUUACCAAAUUUGAAAUAAGUUUAAUAAAAAAAUAUCCUCACUGUUGCUUGUUCCAGUACUCGACCAAAAUACCAGUGAAAAUCAUCUAAAAAUUUGUUAGAAUAAACAGUCUACCACAGAAGGUAAAAAAAACUCCACAACGGAGUAUAUAUAAUGGUGCUGUACAUUACUGUCAGUCUAAGAGUAGAUACAGUAUAAUGUACUGUAUAUCAGCAUUACAUAUACUUUUAUCUUCUUCUCCACUAGAUGGCUCUAGCCAAAUUCCAACACAGACUGACUUUUUCAAACUAGGUGGCACAAAGGAACAGCCGAUCUUUUGGUGAAGAGGAUAAAAGUAAAAAUUAAAGUAUGACAUCACGCCUCAUUGGCUGAAGACAAGCCUAAGGCCUUCAUUCUAUAGGCUCGAAAUUGGUGGGAACACUCCUGACAUUGUUACAAUGUAAUAAAAAUAAAUAUUGGUAUAC